CGGCCAGCAGUCCGCCCACGCCCUGCUCCCAGGCUCACCCCCAGGGAAGGCAGAGCACCCCGCACGCACUCCUGCCCCCUACUCUGCGCUUCCCCAGGCGCUGGCUUGGCUCCCUCAGAUGCAGGGCCCAUCAGGGGUGGAGGCGGCGGUGUGUCAGCUGGUAUCCAGGCUCGGAUUGUGCGCCGCGAUCGCUCCCCCUCCCCAUCUCCCCAAAUCCACCCACCUACCCACCCCGGUACCCACUGCUCAGGGGGCCUUCUGGGUGGCAGCACUUCCCAGGGAGAGAGGAGGGGAGCAGAGCAGCCCCGAGCCCUCGGCUCGUUGGGGGUGGGGGAACCGCCUCCCCGGACCCCUCCCCGGCGGCGCGGAUGGGGCAGCCCCCACACCCACGGGCGCUGGCGCCCGGGCAGGCCCCCGGGUGCUGCAAGGGGAAGCUGCCGCCCGGUCGCGCCUGACCCGAGCCCGCGGCGGAGGCUGCACUCGGCGAGCGGGGACCCGCCGGCCCCCAAGGCCGGGCGGAGAUGUCCAGGAGGCGACCCCCAGGGCCGGCUCGCUCCCGCGGCCGCCUGCCCGCCGGCGCGCCCCUGCCCGGGCCGUGGCGCGCCCCCCGAGUCUCGCAGUAUUUCCUCCCUGCACCUUUAAGAAGGCCGCUGCUCCGUGGUGGGAUGGUGUGUGCGAGCCACACAGAGGAAGUUACGCAGCCGGGAUCAGACCGAGAGAUAAAAGCCCAAUGGUGCUCGCGAGUGAAGGCAAAGAGGAUUUGGCCUCGGCAUUAACUUGGAGCGCGGCGCAGGGGGCCCGGCAGCGCCCCGCCAGCUGGCCCGAGCGCGCCGGGGGAAUGCCCCCGCGCCCCGACGAGCCGCCGCGGAGCCCACCCGGGCCGGGGGCCGCCUGGCGCCCCAGAGCGGGUCCCCCCGGAGCCGCCCAGGGGCCCGCAAAAGUUUGCACUUGUUAGCGGCGACCUCCGCUCGGCCGGGCGGGCGAUGCGGGCGGCGCGCGCGGCCCCCUGCCCGGGCCCGCGUCUCCCGGACGGCUGCGGGCGGCGCCCCCGGCAGCCGGAGGGCGCCCGGGCCCGGGUCUGACGGCGGCGGCGGCCGCGGCGCGGGGAAGGAGCGGCGGCCCGCGGCCUCGGGCCCUAGCCCCCAGCAGCGCCGGCCGGAGCGGGCGGCGGUCCUCGGCCUCCCGCGUCUCCGCGCUCCGGGAAGCCGCUCCGAGCCCGGGUGCUGUCGCUAAUGAGCCCGCUCCUCUCUGAUGAUGAAAAGACGGGCAGGCCCCAGGUACCGGGAGGGACGGGGCGCUGAGAACCCAGAAACUUCAGAAUAAGUGGCCCACGGCUGCACGCCAAGGCCCGAGGGGAUACUCUGCUGUCGUAUGGAGCCCAUCGCCCAUUAAGGUCCCUUUAAAGACCUGAAUUGGUUGGAAGGACAAAAAUUAAAAGCAAUCGGAUCCGCCCCCCCUGCCGGAUCCCUGUGGAUUUUCCCCUUAUCCCAUUUCCAGCCACUGUCACAAUUUGAGAGUCUUCCCGAUCUGAUCACAUCCACCUCCGGGAGCCGUGCGGUGCCAAGGGCAGGACGACAAAGUCACGGCCGCUCGCUGACCUGCCCGUCAGCAGCCGGAGAAACGCUGGCUCUAGAUUUUCCGCGGCAGGAGCCGUGGCUUCUUGGAAAACACAAGGUCCUCGUUCUCUGCAAACCUGGGCCGCCCUGGCUGUCGCCGCCCUGGCUGUCGCCGCCCGGUAGAUGUGGUGUUUCCAUGCUGAGGCCGCGAGCCCCGCCUGACCCCGCCGUCACCGUUGUCGUCGACGUCCACGCUGCCACUCCAGGGCCUCCGGGGCCGCGCCCCUGUGGACUGCGCAGCCAUGCUGUACCUGCUGGCCCUCCUCCUGCACUGCCUCCCGCUGGCCUGUGGGAGCUAUGACAUCUGCAAAUCCUGGGUGACCACGGAUGAGGGCCCCACCUGGGAGUUCUACGCCUGCCAGCCCAAGGUGAUGCGGCUGAAGGAUUACGUCAAGGUGAAGGUAGAGCCCUCGGGCAUCACGUGUGGAGACCCCCCGGAGAGGUUCUGCUCCCACGAGAACCCCUACCUGUGCAGCAACGAAUGUGACGCCUCCAACCCGGACCUGGCCCACCCGCCCCGGCUCAUGCUGGACAAGGAGGACGAGGGGCUGGUCACCUACUGGCAGAGCAUCACGUGGAGCCGCUACCCCAGCCCGCUGGAGGCCAACAUCACCCUGUCCUGGAACAAGAGCGUGGAGCUCACGGACGACGUGGUGGUGACCUUCGAGUACGGCCGGCCCACGGUCAUGGUGCUGGAGAAGUCGCUGGACAAUGGGCGCACGUGGCAGCCCUACCAGUUCUACGCGGAGGACUGCAUGGAGGCCUUCGGCAUGUCGGCCCGGCGCGCCCGCGACAUGUCCUCCUCCAGCGCGCACCGGGUGCUCUGCACGGAGGAGUACUCGCGCUGGGCGGGCUCCAAGAAGGAGAAGCACGUGCGCUUCGAGGUGCGGGACCGCUUCGCCAUCUUCGCGGGCCCCGACCUGCGCAACAUGGACAACCUCUACACGCGCCUGGAGAGCGCCAAGGGCCUCAAGGAGUUCUUCACGCUCACGGAUCUGCGCAUGCGGCUGCUGCGCCCGGCGCUGGGCGGCACCUACGUGCAGCGCGAGAACCUCUACAAGUACUUCUAUGCCAUCUCCAACAUCGAGGUCAUUGGCAGGUGCAAGUGCAACCUGCACGCAAACCUGUGCUCUGUGCGCGAAGGCAGCCUGCAGUGUGAGUGUGAGCACAACACCACGGGCCCCGACUGCGGCAAGUGCAAGAAGAACUUCCGCACGCGCUCCUGGCGGGCCGGCUCCUACCUGCCGCUGCCUCACGGCUCCCCCAACGCCUGUGCCGCUGCCGGCUCUGCCUGGGGCAGCGUCGGCAGGUCCCGGAAGGAGCCUGGCCCCAAAGCCCCCGCGGCCACUGUGGCCGUGAAGAGGGGCCCCACCACUCCCGCCCCGCUCAUGCCCACUGCCCGGGCCCCCUCGGCCCCUCGCACCCCACAGCCCACAGAGUGGACCAGGUCCUCCGCGGCUGCCCCUCUGGGGGAUAGCCGCCCCUGGCCCCAGGCCACCUCGACUGCAGAAGCUGCCCUGAGCCCCUCCACCGCUGCCCCUGGCCCCGCCAAGGGCUCCAGACUUUUCCAGCUCAAGCCCAAAUCUCCUCACGUGAUGCCCAUUGAAGAAUUCCCAGACUGUGAGUGCUACGGCCACUCCAACCGCUGCAGCUACAUCGACUUCCUGAACGUGGUGACUUGUGUCAGCUGCAAACACAACACGCGCGGCCAGCACUGCCAGCACUGCCGCCUGGGCUACUACCGCAACGGCUCGGCCGAGCUGGACGACGAGAACGUGUGCAUCGAGUGCAACUGUAACCAGAUCGGCUCCGUGCACGACCGCUGCAACGAGACCGGCUUCUGUGAGUGCCGCGAGGGCGCGGCGGGGCCCAAGUGUGACGACUGCCUCCCCACGCACUACUGGCGCCAGGGCUGCUUCCCCAACGUGUGCGACGACGACCAGCUGCUCUGCCGGAACGGCGGAACCUGCUUGCAGAACCAGCGCUGCGCCUGCCCCCGCGGCUACACCGGCGUGCGCUGCGAGCAGCCGCGCUGCGACCCGGCCGACGGCGGCCUGGACUGCGGCCGAGCGCCCGGCGCCGCCCCGCGCCCCGCCACCCUGCUCGGCUGCCUGCUGCUGCUGGGCCUGGCCGCCCGCCUGGGCUGCUGAGCCCCGGGAGCCGGCGCGCGAGGCGCGGCGGAGAGAAGGGUGCGGCCCGCGCUGCUCCCCGGUGCUACUCGGCCCGGCCCCCGCGCUGCACCUGCAGCGCCCCGCCGCCGGGCCCGCGGCCUGCGAACCUGCGCCCCUGUCUCUCCUCCUCCUCCUCUCGUUUCCUGCCUGCGGGUCGCCCCCGCCUCACUGUCGCUCCAGGACUGCUGCGGACCGGCGCACCGGGUCUCCAGCCGCCGGCUCGGUUCUCGUUGAUAUUCUGCGAUUUCUCUGCAACCAUGCAGGCCCCACGGGAGCCCUGGGGACCCAGGAACUCGCCGUCUGGGGGCGGAGGGGUGGAAAGAAGGCUUUUUUUUUUUUUUUUUUUUUGGAGGGUGGCAGUUUUGUUUUGUAGAGACCUAUGCCUAUGGAUUAACUGUCCCCCUCUGGAGGGAGGCGGGCGGGGUGGCCACCGCGGGGCGGCUGUCCUUGUGUAACCCCGGAGUAAACAGCCUCACUGCUGCCUCC